UGCGAGUGCAUCGUUAGCGUCUUUCCAGUCAGCCGCUCCAUCACUCACUCGCCUCCCAGUCGCGCCUCCUGCGGCUUCCUUUCCUCUCCACGCUCAUGCUGCCGCGACUCUCGGCGGCACUUGUUCAAUCCCCUUCUAAACAAAUGCCAACCAACCUUAAUUUCAUUUCCCCCCAUGUUUAUAUUAAUUUUACGUUUGUCCACAAAUUAUUAUUUUUCUUUAACGCCUGUCAGUUUUUUUUGGAAGAAAUGGAUCGUCGGUUUUGAAUGAAGGUGCCAGCAGAAAACGAAGGGAAGUAAAGAAAAAAAGGAGGGAAAAAAGAAAGUGACAGUUUUACCUCUACUUACAAGUUAUCAUCUCCAAGAUAUGAAUCAUCGCUUCAGCCAAUCUUAGGGAAUUUGGAUGCAGCGCAGCCGUAGCAUUUGGUGUUGAAAGUGACUCACACGCCGAACCCCAAAACCCUGCCGGACAGUGGGGUCCGUGAGCAGACGAGGGACCGGAGACAGGGCUGGCAAAUAGCGGCAUUUCGGCCUGUCCUGGUCUUGGUGACGCCAAGGGAGGAAAAGGAAAUUCACCGACCACUUGCAUCCAUCACCUCAACGGUCACAAUGACAUGUCUAGGCCUUUUCUCCUUCAUCCUUUCUUCUUGUUCUCCUCGCUUAAGUACCACCAUCCUCUUUCUCGUCCUCUUGGGUCUCGCCAACUUCUCCGAGGCAUCCUCGGACCAAGGGACUGGAGAGGCACCCGGUAACUGCUCGGGAGAAUACACCUGUUCUGAGGGCGUUGUCCUGCCCAUAUGGAACCCCCAGAACCCCUCAGUGGGGGACAAGGUGGCCCGGGCCAUUGUCUACUUCGUGGCGCUCAUCUACAUGUUCCUGGGCAUGUCCAUCAUCGCGGACCGCUUCAUGUCCUCCAUUGAGGUCAUCACCUCACAGGAGAAGGAGAUCACCAUUAAGAAACCCAAUGGUGAGACCAGCACCGCUACCGUGCGCAUCUGGAAUGAGACCGUCUCUAACCUGACCCUAAUGGCCCUGGGCUCCUCGGCUCCGGAGAUCCUGCUCUCUGUCAUCGAGGUGUGUGGCCACAAGUUCAAGGCUGGUGACAUGGGCCCCAGCACCAUCGUGGGCAGCGCCGCCUUCAAUAUGUUCAUCAUCAUUGCCAUCUGCAUCUACGUGGUGCCCGAUGGCGAGACUCGCAAGAUCCGGCACCUGCGGGUCUUCUUCGUUACGGCCGCCUGGAGCAUCUUUGCCUACAUCUGGCUCUAUCUCAUCCUCUCAGUCUUCUCACCUGGGGUUGUGCAGGUGUGGGAGGCUGUGCUCACCUUCCUCUUCUUCCCGGUCUGCGUGGUGCAAGCCUGGGUGGCCGACCGACGUCUGCUCUUCUACAAAUACGUCCAUAAGCGUUACCGCGCCGACAAGAGCCGCGGUAUCAUCAUCGAGACGGAGGGCGAUGGAAUCUUCACCAAGAUGGACAUGGAGAUGGGGACCAAUUCGCACCACAAGGAAGCUCUUGAUGGCAUGUUAGCUGGUAUGGAGGAGAGUGGAUUGGGCGGUGGAGCUGGGGGGCGGGACCAGGAGGAAGAGGCACGACGGGAGAUGGCACGCACCCUCAAGGAACUCAAGCAGAAGCACCCAGAGAAGGACGUGGAGCAGCUGAUCGAGAUGGCCAACUAUCAGGUGCUGGUGCAGCAGCAGAAGAGUCGCGCCUUCUACCGCAUCCAGGCCACGCGCAUGAUGACGGGAGCCGGAAACAUCCUGAAGAAACACGCUGCCGACCAGGCGCGCAAGGCCGUGGGCUGCCACGAGGCCAGUGCCCAGGAGGACGACCCCAACACCAUCUUCCUGGAGUUCGAGCCGUCCCACUACCAGUGCUUUGAGAACUGUGGCUCUCUCAAGCUAGCUGUGGUGCGUCACGGGGGCGACAUAGGCUGCACGGUCAAGGUUGACUAUCGCACAGAGGACGGGACGGCCAACGCCGGCUCGGACUACGAAUUCGCUGAGGGUACACUGCUUUUCAAGCCUGGGGAGACGCUGAAGGAGCUAACCGUGGGCGUCAUCGAUGACGACAUCUUUGAGGAAGACGAGUACUUCUACGUACACCUCAGCAACCCCUGCGUGGUCCAUCAGGCAGAAAACGCCAUCUUCGAGCCUGGACCCAUCACCCUGGGCAACUGCCCAGCUCCGCCCCUGUCCUUGACCCCGGGAGUGGCAAAGGCAGCUCUGGGCGCCGCCCACACGGCCACGGUGACCAUCUACGACGACGACCACGCAGGCAUCUUCACGUUCGAGGGUGCGUCAACACGCGUCAGCGAGAGCGUGGGCACCAUGCACGUGAAGGUCCAGCGGACGUCCGGGGCCAGGGGGAAAGUGGCCGUGCCAUACCACACGGUGGAGGGCACCGCCAAGGCAGGCGAGGACUACGAAGAGACGGCGGGCAAGCUUGAGUUCCUCAACGACGAGACCAUGAAGGUGAUCGAGAUAAGAAUCAUCGAUGACGAAGAGUAUGAGAAGAACAAGACGUUCACCAUCGUGUUGGGGGAGCCGGUGCUGCUGGAGAUCGGACAGAGGCAUGGAGACACCAAUGACAACAAGCCGAUGCUGGGGGCCGAGGAGGAGGUGGCCAAGAUGGGCUGUCCCUGCCUGGGGGAGCACACCAGGCUGGAGGUGGUGAUCGAGGAGUCCUACGAGUUUAAGAACACAGUAGACAAGCUGAUUAAGAAGACCAACCUGGCCCUGGUGGUGGGAAGCAGCAGCUGGCGAGAGCAGUUUGUCAGUGCCGUCACUGUCAGUGCUGGCGACAGCGACGAGGAGGAGAGCGGAGAGGAGCGCCUCCCUUCCUGCUUCGACUACAUCAUGCACUUCCUGACGGUGUUCUGGAAGGUUCUGUUCGCCUUCGUGCCCCCGACUGAGUACUGGAAUGGCUGGGCCUGCUUUGUGGUGUCCAUUUCGCUCAUCGGUGUCCUGACUGCCGUCACCGGCGACCUGGCCUCCCAUUUCGGCUGCACGGUGGGCCUGAAGGACUCGGUCACCGCCGUGGUGUUCGUGGCUCUUGGUACCUCUGUGCCAGACACAUUCGCCAGCAAGGUGGCGGCCAUUCAGGACCAGUACGCGGACGCAUCCAUUGGCAAUGUGACGGGCAGCAACGCAGUGAAUGUCUUCCUGGGCAUCGGCGUGGCCUGGACCAUCGCCGCCGUCUACUGGCAGAGCCGCGGCGAGCAGUUCCGCGUGGAGCCCGGCUCGCUGGCCUUCUCCGUCACACUCUUCACCAUCCUGGCGCUGGUCACCGUGUUAACACUGCUGUACCGCCGCCGCGCCUCCGUGGCCGGGGGCGAGCUGGGGGGGCCGCGGACUUCCAAGCUGGUCACGUCGCUGCUCUUCGUCUCCCUCUGGUUCUUCUACAUCCUACUGGCCUCCCUUGAGGCCUACUGCCACUUUCCCAGUUUCUAAGGCACAAAACCCGCCCCUCUAUCACCCCCUCCCCCCAUCGCUGCUCUUCCAACCUUGAUGAUCUGUCAAGAUAAACCAGCGUGUCACCCCCUCCCACCCCCCAGACCCAAUCCAGCACAUCAAAUCUCUCUGGACCAAUCAAAUUCAGAGCUCCCGCCUGCACAGAUGCGUCUCGUCCCACUUUUGUAUCUCUUAGCCAUGUUUUAAUGCCGCUUCUUCCUGCGUGUUAAUUAGCGCCCCCUUCUGGCUGCGGUGUUCUCACCUCCAAGCUGCACAAUAAGCUCACUCGACUUAUGGGAACUCUCUCUCUGAUACUGGGGGAGUCCUUUCAGUGUUCCCUAUACCUAACCCUGCAAGAAAAGUAAAAGAAGAAUUCCUCCAUCUCUUUAUUCCCCGUUCUACACAACUUUUCUUCUUUUUCUUCUUCCAUCUACUUUUUCUCUUUUGCUUGUCCUACACACAACCUAUAAUUUCAAUGUCAGGUUUAGUUAUUACUUUGCAUCCGGCCAACAUGCAACCAACGACCCAACCUGACGUCCAGGUUCAAAUAGACGUCAAGGACUGAAUAGCUUUCACCAGACUUGUGUUUACCUUGAGUGACGCUAACGCUAAAUCACAAUACAACCCAGAAGACAUGCAACCCUAACUCCACAAGGCUUUUUUCUUUGGGAUGAUGACAAAAAGUAUGGGAGUCGCCAAGCCGGCAAAAUGCACAGAUUCAAUGACGUUUAUGGUUCUCGCGACCAGCAGAAAAGCACCCGUAUCCCGAAACCCCACAUUUAGCAUUAGCCUUUCUUUUAGCCGUGUCGUGUGCUUGUCUUGUCGUUGUGGAAUUUUAUGAAAGCGAUGAUUUAUGAACAAACUGCACUGCAGGACCGGCCAAUGGGGAGACGGUGGUCAUGUGCGAAGGCUUCGAGGUAAGCGGAACCAGACCUAUAAAGGCAGCCUCAGGUUUGUGCCACCAUCACGGUCAGGAAACGGCCUCGGAGACGGGACUGCCAGGGGAUUUGCAAGGUACCGGCCGAUUUACGGCCUGAAAUAGCCGCGAACUUGAGACACGGAUCCUUACAGUACGCAGGAUUGAAUUAUGACUGACUGAUAAUAUUGACUAUUAAUACCACUUAUCACUAAUAUUUGUUAAAAUGAUGUAUUCUAUCAAAGGGAAGCUUACUGUAUGUUCGGGGGGAAGUGAAAUACCUCUGGUUUUAUUUAAAAAUACUUGGAAAUAUGGGAUGGAAGCCAACGCCAUAAUACUGUUGUGAUUUCUACAGAGUGCAUGAACCAAUUGCAACUGUGCAGCUGUAGAAGGCUGGUCAUUGACUAGUACCUCAAAAACUGAUCUGGGUUCAGUAAUAGAAUAUCCCACAGUCUGUAUCCCAGGCAACCAUUGCUGAUUGAAGUUGAAAUGUGAGACACAUGCUGUCACAACUGAAAAGUAUAACAGUAGCUGUUAAUACACUAUAUGGCCAAAAGAAUGUGGACUAUCACAGGAAUUAUGGGAAUUGACUACAUAGGCCACACCCAUUGUUGACAUACAGGUGUAUACUUAAGCACACAGUCAGGCAAUCUGCAGCAUCAAACAAUGGGGGCAGAAUGGGGGGGGGGGGGGUCAUACAGAAGAGGUUAGUCAGCCCCACACCGUCAUUGGACACCACUGGACACCAUUGGACACCUUUCCAGCAAGUCGGCUCUCCACAUGUCUGUCCUGCUAGAGCUGCCCUGGUGAAGUGUUUGUGAAGUGGAAACAUCUGGGAGCAAGUUCAGCUGUGAAGCUGGGGCCACACAAGCUCACAGACAGGGACCUGA